AGCUUAGCCAUGUUUAUCCCAGGCCUUCCUGUCCUGUUGCUUCUAAUCUGGUUGCCCACAAGCAUCUUGGGCUGUCUGCAGUGUGACCAGAAAUUCAAGGAGAACGUAGCUCAGCUCCGGACAGUGGUGGUACCACGCCAGAUCCAUGACACUCGUCUCAAGGAACGGGCUGAAGUUUUACUCAAAGGUCUUGAAGGAAACUUCUUCGUGCACUAUGCCACCAGCCAGUUUUCUGGUUUUGCUGUUAAAAGCAAAGUGGAUGCCCUGAUCGAGGAGGCGAGGUCCCGCACAGCCACUCUGCUCCGAACACCUGCUGAAGACCUGGCUCUGCUGGACAAAUUGGUUACAUUCCGUAGGAAAACCACCAUGAAGCUCAAACAGGCAUUGAAGGAACACCAAGUGAAAGCUUGUGACAAAGAGGGCUGUGGCUGGCUCAAAUAUAAAGUGAUUAAUUGCAAAAGUUGCCAAGAGACCCUUCCUAGCUGCUUGACCCUCAGCCAAUGCUUUGUUGACUCACAGGAACGUCUCUCCCUUCGCUAUGGAAAACCCCUGAAGGAUCCCAAUAUUGCCCGAACAGGAGUCGCCAUUGUCCUGUGUAUGGGUGGAGUGCUGUUCUUGGUGACAAUAAGUGUGAUUGUCGUAUAUUGGAGAAACCGGCUAUUUGAGUUUGUUUAGCAGAGAUCUGGCCUCUCAUCACCCAUUAAGGGACAUCGACUGGGGAAGAAAACCUCCGGAUCGUAAAGUCCUGGAAUUCAGUCCAUGUACUCUCUCCAUAACAACCUCCAAACUGGUGCUUCUUUUUCUGACCCACACAACAACAUGUCUGUAACUCUGUUAUCAGCCCCAAAUGUUCCAUAAUAAACAAAA